AUGGCGGAACCAGGGCCCACUCCGGAAAUGGCGGCAAAAAGAGCUUGGGAGGCUCGUGACUUGUACAUUCUGCCGGACCUCUUCUACAUUGCAAUCACCGUGACGGUCUUCACGCUCGUUGGCGCCUUCGUUCACCUCACCCGCGGGCAUCUAAGCCUUGACUACACGAGCUUGAUCAAUGCCGCUCUUGUGUGCUGCGUUGUGGCUGUCAUAUUGUUUUUAGUUGUCACCUACCUUGGCUUCGCUUACGACAGAAGCAAAAAGCAUUUCGAGACCUCCGCCAGAACGGGUCGUCAGACCACUCAUAACUACGCGAGAGAGAAUGCGAGAGAGAGGAGCACAGAGGCCCUUGGCCAGUGCGAAUGCAAUUGCGAAUCAAAGGUCCACCGGCCAAUGUGGCUGGAAAUCUUUCCACAAAAUCUGCGCAGUCUGAUGCUCAGCGCGCCAGGCCAACUCGCUCUGUCAUUCGUGAUACUGUUGGGCAUUCUGCACAAUCGAGCUCCUACUUGGCUCCAGGAGAUGGGAACGUACGAGGUCAUCAGCUCAUACCAUACGCGAGACACGAUGAGACUUCCUGGCAUGGUCAUCUUGGCGCAAAGAGACGAUCCCUUUGCAGCAAGGAUUGUCGACGACAAUGGUCCACCCUUCUGCUACUGGCGCAGGGUGAACAAUACUGCGCCGUGUGAGCCGGGCGACUACUCGAACCCCAGCAUCAACAAAAGCUGCAAUUGUUCACGCAACAUCACAAGUAGCAGCACUUCUCUGACAAUUAGAGGAAGAGAGUAUGAUGCAUACGUACUAGCCGCGCCAUUCAACGUGUCUGAAGCGCACAUUCCUGUCUUGUAUUGGACGCGGCCAAAUCCGGGUUCUGACGUCAGUGCAGCUACUACGGACGGGCCUAGGCCGUUGGUACCACGAGAGCGGUGCACUCAGAGCUCGCUGUUCGUUGCCUUUUUUGACGCCCAAGCGGUGUCGGAUUAUGCGACGGACAACGCGCUGCUGGGAGAUACUAUCGGCAGAGCCUUUGAUUCGAUUCAGCGAAUUUCUGCAGGCCAAGUCAUCGACAUACAGCUUCGACGUCGCGAUUUUCAGUCUCGGGACCGCAACAAACCGCCAAUCACAGUAUUUGAUCCGAUUUGGUCACCGUCGGUCUCGACGGGAAGCUGCGACACGGCUUUCUACGUCUCGUAUGCCACUUUGAUGGUGCAAGAGGCUUCUGAAAAUCCCAUACUUGAGCCACACGAGCUCAUUGCGGAGCUUGGAGGUAUUCUCGCACAAUCACCUUGUGGCUCUAUGAGGCUGAACAGCACGCUGAGGUGCCUGGCAAAUUUCAGUGUGGACAUCACGCCGCUCGAGGGCGUUCGCAUUCUGUACUCUGCUACUCUCAUUGCUUAUGCAACGCCACUAUUCGAAUGA